UUACUAGUGAAGGCGUAGUGGAAGGUUAUGAUUACUGGUGAAGGCGUAGUGGAAGAUAUGAUUACUACCGAAGGCGUAGUGAAAGGUUAUGAUUACUAGUGAAGGCGUAGUGGAAGGUAUGAUUACUAGUGAAGGCGUAGUAGAAGGUAUGAUGACUAGUGAAGGCGUAGUGGAAGGUUAUGAUUACUGGUGAAGGCGUAGUGGAAGAUAUGAUUACUAGUGACGGUGUAGUGGAAGGUAUGAUUACUAGUGAAGGCGUAGUGGAAGGUACGAUUACUAGUGAAGGCGUAGUGGAAGGUUAUGAUUACUAGUGAAGGCGUAGUGGAAGGUUAUGAUUACUAGUGAAGGUGUAGUGAAAGGUAUGAUUACUAGUGAAGGCGUAGCGGAAGGUGUGAUGGCUUCUGAAGGCGUAGUGGAAGGUUAUGAUUACUAGUGAAGGUGUAGUGAAAGGUAUGAUUACUAGUGAAGGCGUAGUGGAAGGUUAUAAUUACUAGUGAAGGCGUAGUGGAAGGUUAUAAUUACUAGUGAAGGCGUAGUGGAAAGUAUGACUACUAGUGAAGGUGUAGUGGAAGGUAUGAUUACUAGUGAAGGUGUAGUGGAAGGUAUGAUUACUAGUGAAGGCGUAGUGGAAGGUAUGAUGACUAGUGAAGGUGUAAUGGAAGGUAUGAUUACUAGUGAAGGCGUAGUGGAAGGUAUGAUUACUAGUGAAGGCGUAGUGGAAGGUAUGAUUACUAGUGAAGGUGUAAUGGAAGGUAUGAUUACUAGUGAAGGCGUAGUGGAAGGUAUGAUUGCUAGUGAAGACGUAGUGGAAGGUAUGAUUACUAGUGAAGGUGUAAUGGAAGCUAUGUUUACUAGUGAAGGCGUAGUGGAAGGUAUGAUUACUAGUGAAGGCGUAGUGGAAAGUAUGAUUACUAGUGAAGGUGUAGUGGAAGGUUAUGAUUACUAGUGAAGGCAUAAUGGAAGGUUAUAAUUACUAGUGAAGGCGUAGUGGAAAGUAUGAUUACUAGUAAAGGCAUAGUGGAAGGUUAUGAUUACUAGUGAAGGCGUAGUGGAAAGUAUGAUUACUAGUGAAGGUGUAGUGGAAGGUUAUGAUUACUAGUGAAGGUGUAGUGGAAGGUAUGAUUACUAGUGAAGGCGUAGUGGAAGGUAUGAUGACUAGUGAAGGUGUAAUGGAAGGUAUGAUUACUAGUGAAGGCGUAGUGGAAGGUAUGAUUUCUAGUGAAGGCGUAGUGGAAGGUACGAUUACUAGUGAAGGUGUAGUGGAAGGUAUGAUUACUAGUGAAGGCGUAGUGGAAGGUAUGAUGACUAGUGAAGGUGUAACGGAAGGUAUGAUUACUAGUGAAGGCGUAGUGGAAGGUAUGAUUUCUAGUGAAGGCGUAGUGGAAGGUACGAUUACUAGUGAAGGCGUAGUGGAAGGUUAUGAUUACUAGUGAAGGUGUAGUGGAAGGUUAUGUUUACUAGUGAAGGUGUAGUGGAAAGUAUGAUUACUAGUGAAGGCUAAGUGGAAGGUGUGAUGGCUUCUGAAGGCGUAGUGGAAGGUUAUGAUUACUAGUGAAGGCGUAGUGGAAGGUAUGAUUACUAGUGAAGGCGUAGUGGAAGGUACGAUUACUAGUGAAGGUGUAGUGGAAGGUAUGAUUACUAGUGAAGGCGUAGUGGAAGGUAUGAUGACUAGUGAAGGUGUAACGGAAGGUAUGAUUACUAGUGAAGGCGUAGUGGAAGGUAUGAUUUCUAGUGAAGGCGUAGUGGAAGGUACGAUUACUAGUGAAGGCGUAGUGGAAGGUUAUGAUUACUAGUGAAGGUGUAGUGGAAGGUUAUGUUUACUAGUGAAGGUGUAGUGGAAAGUAUGAUUACUAGUGAAGGCUAAGUGGAAGGUGUGAUGGCUUCUGAAGGUGUAGUGGAAGGUAUGAUUACUAGUGAAGGCGUAGUGGAAGGUAUGAUUACUAGUGAAGGUGUAGUGGCUGGUAUAAUGAAUAUUGAAGGUGUAGUAGAAGGUAUAAUGAAUAUUGAAGGCGUAGUGGAAGGUAUGAUUACUGGUGAAGGCGUAGUGGAAGGUGUGAUUAUUAGUGAAGGCGUAGUGGAAGGUGUGAUUACUAGUGAAGGCGUUGUGGAAGUUAUGAUUACUAGUGAAUGCAUAGUGGAAGGUAAGAUUACUAGUGAAGGCGUUGUGGAAGUUAUGAUUACUAGUGAAUGCAUAGUGGAAGGUAAGAUUACUAGUGAAGGCGUAGUGGAAGGUAUGGUUACUGGUGAAGGCAUGGUGGAAGGUAUUAUUACUAGUGAAGGCGUAGUGGAAGGUAUGGUUACUGGUGAAGGCAUGGUGGAAGGUAUUAUUACUAGUGAAGGCGUAGUGGAAGGUAUGAUUACUAGUGAAGGCGUAGUGGAAGUUAUUAUUACUAGUGAAGGCGUAGUGGAAGGUAUAAUGAAUAUUGAAGGCAUAGUGGAAGGUAUGAUUACUAGUGAAGGCAUAGUUGAAGGUGUGAUUACUAGUGAAGGUGUAGUCGAAGGCAUAAUGAAUAUUGAAGGCGUAGUGGAAGAUAUGAUUACUACUAAAUGCGUAGUGGAAGGUGUGAUUACUAGUGAAGGUGUAGUGGAAGGUAUGAUUACUAGUGAAGGCGUAGUGGAAGGUAUGAUUACUAGUGAAGGUGUAGUGGAUGGUAUAAUGAAUAUUGAAGGUGUAGUGGAAGGUAUGAUUACUGGUAAAGGCGUAGUGAAAGGUGUGAUUAUUAGUGAAGGCGUAGUGGAAGGUAUGAUUACUAGUGAAGGCGUUGUGGAAGUUAUGAUUACUAGUGAAUGCAUAGUGGAAGGUAAGAUUACUAGUGAAGGCGUUGUGGAAGUUAUGAUUACUAGUGAAUGCAUAGUGGAAGGUAAGAUUACUAGUGAAGGCGUAGUGGAAGGUAUGAUUACUAGUGAAGGCGUAGUGGAAGGUAUGGUUACUAGUGAAGGCAUAGUGGAAGGUAUUAUUACUAGUGAAGGCGUAGUGGAAGGUAUGAUUACUAGUGAAGGCAUGAUUACUAGUGAAGGCGUAGUGGAAGGUGUGAUUACUAGUGAAGGCGUAGUGGAAGGUUAUGAUUACUAGUGAAGGCGUAGUGGAAGGUUAUGAUUACUAGUGAAGGCGUAGUGGAAGGUUAUGUUUACUAGUGAAGGUGUAGUGGAAGGUAUGAUUACUAGUGAAGGCUUAGUGGAAGGUGUGAUGGCUUCUGAAGGCGUAGUGGAAGGUUAUGAUUACUAGUGAAGGUGUAGUGGAAGGUAUGAUUACUAGUGAAGGCGUAGUGGAAGGUAUGAUACUAGUGAAGGUGUAGUGGCUGGUAUAAUGAAUAUUGAAGGCGUAGUGGGAGGUAUGAUUACUAGUGAAGGAGUAGUGGAAGGUAUGAUUACUAGUGAAGGCAUAGUGGAA